CAUCAUGCCCAAUGGAAUAUGAACAGUUAGAAUAGAUCCACCAAAAUCACAGACACUGGCGUGAAUCUAGUUUCCUCAUCUUUCGUGCCGACUACGGUAUCGUUGGAUUUUAUCUGACCUGAAUAUAUAUAAUUUGCAUUGGAGCUGUUUAGUGUGUUUAUAUAUUUUAUUGUUGUUGUCUUGUGUUUUUUUGGGAUCGUCGCCCAGAGGUUUCUGUAGCCGGUGGUUCUUCUGAGAAGUCGUUUUGUCCAGCUCGGGUAGUGACAUUCUGUAUCGGAUUUCAAUGUGUAUCGUUACGUUGAUCCCUUUUUUUUUUUUGCGAAGUUUGGAAGCAUAUUUUUGAACGGAGGUUGUGAUAAUUUGUGAAUGUAUUAGAUGUUUCUAAACUCACUGCAAGCACUUUCCCGUUUUAUUUGUUCCGCGAUCGUUGUGUUGAAAACCCCUCUGUACGUCGCAUCAUGGGAAACGUCAGUAGGAAGACUGGAGCCCAGGUCAGUUGGAGCCACCAAGCGUUCGCUGUCAGGUGCAGUUCUCAGGCGAUUUGGACGAAGGUGCGCCGUGCCAUGGCGUCAGUGUGUGUGGCUGUCCGUGUUCGACCCUUGAACAAAAGAGAAAAGGAAAUGUCAGCGAAGGUGAUUAUCCACAUGAAGGGGAAGACCACUUCUGUAGACGGAAACAACAAGGACAUACACAAAGGUAUUCUUGGAAUUGGCCUGACGGACCGAGGAAGACAUUCAUUCUCCUAUGAUUUCUCCUACGACUCUACUGAUGUCAGAAGCCCCAACUUUGUGCCUCAGGAGAAGGUGUUUAAAGACUUGGGCUGUGAUGUCCUGAAGGCAGCAUUUGAAGGUUACAACGCCUGUGUGUUCGCCUAUGGACAAACCGGGUCAGGGAAGUCUUAUACCAUGAUAGGAAACCCAGGAGAUCUAGGUCUGAUUCCACGGAUCUGUGAUGGACUGUUCUGUCACAUAUCAGAGAUGGACCAGGUGGAUGGGGCCUCCUGCCGCAUAGAGGUCAGCUACCUGGAGAUUUAUAAUGAGCGUGUCCAGGACCUCCUCACGACUAAGACGGACCCAGGGAGCGGGUCAGGACUCCACCUCAGAGAACACCCCAAGGAUGGGCCCUAUGUGGAGAACCUGUCGACGCGCCUGGUUCAGAACUACACUGAUAUUGAGGAGCUAAUGCAUGCUGGGAAUGCCAAAUGCAUCACGGCGAACACGGGCAUGAAUGACGUUAGCAGCCGCUCUCACUCCAUCUUCACCGUCAUCAUCACACAGGUUCGUUUGGAUGCAGAGCUGCCGUGUGAGACCGAGAGUAAGAUCCACCUGGUAGACUUGGCAGGCAGUGAGAGGACUGGUGCCAGACUGAAGGAAGGAGCCAACAUCAACAAGUCCCUGGUCACUCUGGGUAGCCUCAUCUCUGCUCUGGCUGAUACAUGUGUGACUGGAGGAGGGAGCUCCCACACAGGGAAGAUGAAGAAGCAGCUGUUUAUCCCCUACAGAGACUCUCUUCUGACCUGGCUCCUGAAAAAUAGCCUGGGGGGAAACGCCAAGACAAUCAUGAUAGCAACCAUUUCUCCUGCUGACGUGCACUACGGUGAGACACUGAGCACAUUGCGCUACGCUAACCGAGCUAAGAACAUCGUUGACUGUGGGCUUGUUGACGAGGACAGCGGCGUUAAAGUCAUCAGAGAACUGCAGGAGGAGAUCGGUAGACUGAGAGGACUGAUGGAGAAUAACAACCAGGAAGAGACUGUAGCUCUGAGGAAAGAGGGUAUCCGUGUAGCGUUGGACUCAGAACCACCUCAUCUAAUCAGCAUCGACGAUGAUCUUCUCAGCGCUGGCGUUAUUCUCUAUCAUUUAAAAGAAGGCAGGACGCUGGUGGGUCGACACGAGGCGCCGUCCAAUCAGGAUAUCGGUGCUGUCAUCCAGCUAGGGAGAGGAACUAUGUUCCGUUUCAACCAUCCUAAAGAGACUGCCCAGCUCAGAGAGCAACGCAAGAGUGCACUUCUCUCCAGUCUGUCCAUGGCGCACCUCUCCGAGCCUACAGAGAACCUGUCCAAGGACAUGCUUUUCCAUUCCGGGAUGGAUAUGCUAGCAGCAGCAGGACUGACUGGAGACACUAGACAACAGAGGAGCUCUGUGCUCUCUUCUCCACUAAAGACCUGUACGGUAAUGAGAGGAGACGAAGGAGGAAUAGACGGAGGAACAGAGGAAGGAACGCACCACGCACACUUUCCGCUGGCCAGCAGCAGCUCAACAUACACACAGACCUCUCGGUUUGACAAACACACUGCCUCUCUGUCCCAGCUCAACACACAGACCCACAACCAGACCGAACACACUGCCUCCCGGCUGGACAGGGACAGACACAGACGCAGCCAGGCGGUACGCGGCCUACCGCUAGCAGCAUUGGAGGGCCAGUUCAGUCGUUGCAUGAUGAAUUCAUCCAAGACCACGGUGGAGGGCUACGGAGACAAUUACAAGGAGGAGACACAGGCUGGGGCUAGGAGGGAGGAGGAGGUUGAGCAGGUUAGCAGGGUGUCUAGGGGUGAGGAGACACAGGCUGGGGCUAGGAGGGAGGAGGAGGUUGAGCAGGUUAGCAGGGUGUCUAGGGGUGAGGAGGCGCAGGAUGAGAGCCAGUUCUCUGCUUCCGGGCUGGGUGCUCUGGUUAGCAGAGUAUCCCAGAUCUCUGGGCUUGGGGGGAAGCAUGAGCUAGACUCUCUGGGGGAAGAGAACUCUAUCUGUGGGAUGGGUUCUGUGGUCAGCAGUGAGGUCUCUAUCUCUGGGAUGGGUUCUGUGGUCAGCACUGAGGUCUCUAUCUAUGGGAUGGGUUCUGUGGUCAGCAGUGAGGUGUCAGUGAGGUUCCCGGACACGUGGCGUCUCCUCCACAGCUCCCUCCCGAGAGUCCUGCAGCAGUUCUGGGACAGUGCAGGAAUUCUGCAGCCUGGAGAUGGGGGAAUGGCUGGGAGUCUGCAGCCUGGAGAUGGGGGAAUGGCUGGGAGUCUGCAGCCUGGAGAUGGGGGAAUGGCUGGGAGUCUGCAGCCUGGAGAUGGGGGAAUGGCUGGGAGUCUGCAGCCUGGAGAUGGGGGAAUGGCUGGGAGUCUGCAGCCUGGAGAUGGGGGAAUGGCUGGGAGUCUGCAGCCUGGAGAUGGGGGAAUGGCUGGGAGUCUGCAGCCUGGAGAUGGGGGAAUGGCUGGGAGUCUGCAGCCUGGAGAUGGGGGAAUGGCUGGGAGUCUGCAGCCUGGAGAUGGGGGAAUGGCUGGGAGUCUGCAACCUGGAGAUGGGGGAAUGGCUGGGAGCCUGCAGCCUGGAGAUGGGGGAAUGGCUGGGAGCCUGCAGCCUGUAGAUGGGGGAAUGGCUGGGAGUCUGAAACCUGGAGCUGUGGGAAGAGCCUGCUCCAGUUGGCCCAGUCGGGUUGUCUCAAUGGUGAGAGAGAGUCUGGUGCUGUCAGUGGUCAAAGACAGCCAGGUCUUCUCAUUGGUCAGAGAGAGUCACAUGUUCUCCUAUGUUAAAGACAGUCAGGUGUUCUCUAUAGUCAGUGAGCUGCCAUUGGUGCAACAGAUGAGCACUGAGCUAACUCAUGACUUCAGGAGCGUUCCCAUUGAGCUAACUCAUGACUUCAGGAGCAUUCCCAUUGAGCUAACUCAUGAUCUUCAGCAAGUGGAGUCAACUGGAAUACAGCAGAGAGCUAUUGACCUUAACACCGCACCAAAAAUGAACCUGCCCCCUCUUACAACCCACAAUACUGUCUUCAGCCCAGCACCAAGCCUGUACCCAGCCCAGAAUGCCACUGAGUUCCCACAUAGACAGAACACUGGUACAGAAGUGGAUUGGAGAGCAGGGGAACAGAAUCCCAUCCGAGAACUGGAGUGGACUCUGGAAGGCAGACAGGAGGCUCCAUCUACGUCAGAGGUACAGAUUACAACCAAGAAGGAGCUGUGGUCACCAGAGGACCAGAUCAAGAUGGAGGAGGACCCACAGUAUGUCACCGAUGGCAGCAAGCCACAGUCCCCUACAGAGCAGGGAGACAACGCCAGGUCUGCAGGUCCAGAGAAGAGCUCUGUUCCUGGGCAGGCGAAGCAGUGGACUGAGGGUGUCCAGGUAUAUUACCAGAGACUGGUGGAGUUCCCAGGGGCUCUGGUUCAACUCCAGUCCCUUCCCGUGUUCACCCUCCUGGGCUGUCUCCAGUCUGUUGUCCCUUCUGUCUUCACCUCGCAGAGACUCGUGGCUCUCUACUGGCUGGGCGUGGCCAACUGCAGCCAGCCCCACCCACACCCUUCUGUCGUCCUCUUAUUUGAGUCCUGCCUCUACGCACUGACCUUUGACCCUGACAUGUCCGAUCAGACCACGCCUCUGACAGUGUUCCACCACCUCCCCCUGCUGCAGAUCAAGGAGAUUCAGGUGGGUUUUGGCGGUCAGAGUCUUCAUCUCACAGCCUCCACUAAGGAGAGUGUCCUGACCCUCUACACCCACAGCCAGACCCUCACCCAGGCCCUCACCCAGACCCUGCUAGGUGUGUUGUCCCCUGGGGACCAGCGAGUGGCUCACCACCCCUUCCUGAAGGAGGAUCUGAUGGAGCUGUCUCUGGACUGGAAGGCCCAGGUACCUGACCUGCUGUUGGAUGCUGGGCUCAGGCUGUCUGGUCACUUCCACAAGACCCUAGCUGACCUGGUGUAUAUUCUGCACGGCAACAUGGACAGAGAGAAGCCUAGUCUGGGAGAGGUCAGACUGCUGCUCUACACUACUGUUGGUGUGACAACGACCCCUGACCCCAGACCUGACCCCUGGGCCCAGCUCUUCCUCACGGAGACACACCUGGGACUGGUGCAGGAGAAUGCAGUGUUCCACCCUGCUCCGCGCCACCUUCCCCUGCUGUCCCGACAAGCACAGUUCCAGGGGGUGUCCCUUCGGUGCCGCUCUGACAUCCGCUGUUUGAUGGUCGGAGAUUGGGCCGGGAGCUCCCCUGCUGUGGGGGGAGAUGGAGCCGGUGAUGAAGUCGCAGGUGGGGCAAUUAGACUGGACAUCAUCCUGUCUCGGAACCGGAGGACCAGGGGAGAGAGGUGGGACAGGCCUACGGAACAGCCCGGAAGAAGUGCUGCUGCUGUGAGGGCGGUAGGAAGGGUGGCUGAAGCUGCUAUCCUGUAUGCUGACUCGAAUUCAUGUCCUUCGCCGCAUCAGCAGGCUGAAGUGUGGAAAUUAAAUUUCAGCUGCUCGUCGGAGGCCGCCUGUCUGAUUAAUCACUUGUCAAACGUCUCAAUGGUCACUGAUCAAGGACUGGACAGACCGUAAUGGAACUAUAGCUUAGACGGGACCGGAUUGGACAGAAGAACUGGUACCUAACUCUCAUUGAGAGGAAGUCGAGGUGUAUGUUUUCUCACUGAGUGGCAGUCGAGGUGGCAGUACAGUGCAUCUGAAAACAACAAGAUGGUGAAUGUUUCUACUGACACUAGUAAAGGGCACUUCCCCCAAACACAGACCAUGAUGAGUCCAUGGAUGUAUAAAAGCUUAAAAGACAGUCUCCUUGAACUUCAACUUUCACCCAGGACUCUUGGGUUAAUCUAUGUCCAGGAAACAGGCCCAGAGAGUACAUGAAUAUAUAUAUAUGAAUGUGUUUUGUUGUUCAACGUUUCCAUGCACCGAUUUCUAUGAAGUGUUCAUAUCCCGUUUUCCACGUCUUUCUGAAGUUUAUUUUCUGUCGUUUUCCAUGUUGUGGUGGGUUUAUUUUUCCAUUCACUGUUCCUGUUUUAGUUCACAUUGUAGAGGGACCCCAGGACACUUCAUUAGAGAGAAAUAUAGGCCAUAUCUUAUUAAGGAUAGAUGUGCGAAGGGGACAGAGAAUUGCAGGAUGUCUUUUUUUAAGCAUAUAUGCACUUUUGACCACACAAAAGACACGUUGUUAUACCUCAAAUAUUUAAAACGUUUGUGUUUUAUGGACAAUAAACAAUUAUUUUUUUUUUUUAUUACUUUAUGCCAAAUAAUAUUGUGCAAUCUAAUUAAUUAUAUUUGUGGAAUAUUUGAAUUACUUGGUAGUUUCAGACACUCGUGUGUUAAAAAUACAGGUGUUUAAAAUGGUCAUGUUUACAAUGCUGCAGGUGGAAAAGAUGUGUUUUCGUUUAGGUUUGUCAAGCAUUAAAAGUUAUACAA